UUGAAAAAUACAAGACAACAAUUAUAAUUUAAUAAUCUAUUAAUGACUAAUUUAAUUUUCCAAAUGAAUUGUAUUUUUUCAAGUUCACAUAAUUUUUAAUUAGAUUUAAAUUGACCAUGAAUUAUAAUGAAUGAACAAAGAAUUCUUUUAAAGGAAGCUUCGGAAAUGACGAAUAAUAUAUUAUUUGUCACAAUUAUAUUAACUAUAAUUGUGACUAAGGCUAAUUUACAAAAUAAUUCAACAUUGUCACCCAUUGUUGUGGCAGCUAAUUAUAAUGAACUUUAUGAAGGAAGUGUGAAUUCAAAAAUUGAUAACAUUUUUGCAUACAAAAGAAACGUUGUAAGAUUUUUCAUUAUACUUUUUUUUUAGCUAUUAAUUUUAAUUUUUUAAAAUUAAUUAAUUUCAUCAAUUUCAGAAUAAUUUUUUGAAAAAAACACGAGUUAUUGUCGAAAGUAAUGCCACAUUUAAUUUUCCAUUACAUAUAAUUGUUAAUCAAAAAAAUCAAGUUUUUUCCUGGCAGAUUCCAUUAUCGAGAAAUUCAAAUUAUACCAAUUCUAGUCGAACUUUAUGUACAUCAAAUCAAAAUUCGACAAAUAAUGAGGAAACUAUUACAAUUACUCUUUCAACAUUAAGUAAUUCUAAAGUCAGUUUUAAACUAAAAUUACUAACUGUUGAAGAUUUUCAUAUAAGGUAAAACAAGAAUUCAUAAUUUUAUUAUUACUUUUUCAAAUUAAUUUAUGAAAAAAAAAACUUUAUGCAGAACUGGUGAAGUGAGAAAAAACAUAAGGAUAACACCCUCAGAACCAGCCUAUUAUAGUUAUUCAUUUGAUGAAAAAUCUGAAAGUAAAUCUGUUAUUGUUCAAUUAAUAUCAGACAGUAAGACAUGCAUGAUAUUCUCUAUUCAAAAUAAAUCAUGUUCCAUAUUAGAUGUUGAAAAAAAUAUAAAAUAUGCAGAUUUGUGGCAGACUGUUAGUCAUAAAGGUGCAAUAACAGUGUCUGUAAGUAUUUAUAAAUUUAUCAGAAAAAGCAAAAAUAUAUCAGCAAAUAAUAAAAGAAAAUUAAUAUUUCAGAAAAAUAAUUUUCCAAAUGGCUUUUUCAUAGUACUUGUUGGAAAAACUGAUGAUUCCAACUGUUUUGAAGUUGAGCCAAGUAAAAUGUUAUUAUCAUUAUCUAAACGUGAAAAAUUUGUUACACUCACCAUUAAUUCAGGACAUGUAAAAAAUGAUUAUUUAUUUGCCUGCAUUUUAUAUAUAAGUGCAAUUCUAGGUUUUGUAAUUAUUUAUAUUGUCAGCUCUCUAUUAUAUUAUAAAAAAUUUAAAUAUACAAAAUAUAUACUAAAUCAACAAGAUGACUACACAAUUGAUUUAGAUAAGGUGGAAAAUUUAAUUACUGAUAAAAAAUUAACCAAAAUUCAAGUUUUAUGUGUUUCUGACUUAUCAAAAAAAGAGCCUGUUGAUCUUAGUGAAAGAUCAAGACUUUAUAUGUAUUAUCUUGUGACUGUAUCAGUAUUUUAUAUUUUACCCGUUUUACAAUUAGUAACAACAAAUCAAAUAAAUGUUGAAGAAAGUGGAAAUCAAGAUAUUUGUUAUUAUAAUUUUUUUUGUGCACAACCAUUUGGUUUUUUAUCAUCAUUCAAUAAUGUCUUUUCAAAUUUUGGAUAUACAUUAUUUGGAAUUUUAUUUAUUAUUAUAACACGAUUAAGAGAAAAAUAUAAUGAUAUAAAUAGACAAACUUUAUAUGGAAUUCCUCAACAUUAUGGAUUAUAUUAUGCAAUGGGAAUUGCAUUAGUAAUGGAAGGUGUACUUUCAGCAUGUUAUCAUAUUUGCCCUAGUCAUAAUAAUUUACAAUUUGAUACCAGUUUUAUGUAUAUUAUAACUGUUUUAUGUAUGGUGAAACUUUAUCAAAUUCGACAUCCUGAUACACAUGCGAAAGCACCAGUGACUUUUGGUGUAUUAGCAUUAAUAAUAUUACUUGCAUUAAUUGGAGUUAUCGAUAGUUCAUUACCUUUUCGGAUCAUUUUCACUGUUAUGCAUUUAAUAUUUUUUUCUUAUUUAAUUGCAGAAGUUUAUUCAUUGGGUAGAAGACGAUUUUUUGGAGGAUAUUUUAGUUCAUUCUAUUUUUCGAUAAAAUACGAUUUUCAUAAGAUACGGGAAGAAGAUUAUAGUUUUUUCUAUGUAUUGAAAUUUAUGUUUUUUUUAAUGGCACUUGCGUCAAAUGUUAGUCUUGCAAUUUACAGUAGUUUAUUUUACAACAAAAAUUUUAACAUGUAUCUACUUGGAAUUUUGAUGUUAAAUCUUGUAUUAUAUCUGAUAUUUUAUUGUUUUAUGAAGUAUUGUGCAUACGAGAAGAUUCUACUUCAACCAUCAAUUUUUAUAAUUCUUACGAUAUUAACCUGGUUUGGUGCUUUCUAUUUUUAUUUAAUGCGUUCAACAUCUUCGGAUCUUAGUGCAGCUGAAUCGAGAAAUUACAAUAAACCCUGUCUUGUUUUGAAUUUUUUUGAUAGUCACGAUAUUUGGCAUUUUUUAUCAGCACUAGCAAUGUUUUUUUCAUUUAUGAUUUUAUUAACAAUCGAUGACGAUCUCAUCAAUGUUCCUCGUAAUCAAAUUCCAGUUUUUUGAUCAUUUUUAAGACACUUGUUUUUUUUUUUUGUAUAUAAUUGUAUAGUAAUUUAAAUUGUAUAUUAUUUUAAAAAUCUAAAAAUUUUUGUAUGUAAAAUAUAUAAAAUUGGUUUACGAAUAUUAAAGCAGCUUUUUAAUAUAAUACAUGUACAUUUAUAUGAAUAAAGAAUUUAUGAAACACUCAUCGUCUAAAAAUAAA